GAUGGCGGCCUGUGGAGUGGGCUGGGGGCCCAGCUUCAGGGAACAGACCGAGCAGGCCCAGUCCUCAGUGGGCCACGUUGCCGAUGUGCGUCCCUGGGUGACCUCUGAGGGCUCAGCUCUGAUGCUGAAGCACCCCAGGGAGAGGCACACAGCGCUGUGUCUCCAAAUGGCAACCCGCGGAGGAACAAUGGGUAACCAGAUGAGUGUUCCACAAAGAGUCCAAGAUGAAGAGCAUGACUGGGAAGCAGGCACUUACAAGAUAGCGUCAGACAGCCAGUGUGGCCAGAACGGGACACCAGUGAUCAUAUCAGCACACACCAUCCAGCACUACGAUGAAGUCGAUCUGGGAAUACGCGUGCAGACAGACAAUGUGGACACUUCUUCCCCCAGGACAGUGGAGGACAGCACUGCUGCGGAUGCCAGCGGAAAGGAUCUUGGGAAAGGCGCCAAACCCGAGGCCCCAGCUGCUAAAUCUCGUUUUUUCUUGACACUCUCUCGGCCUGUACCAGGACGUACCAGAGACCAAGGCAUGGAUUCAUCCACGGGAGCAGCGAAGCCUGAUGUCAGCUCCAACACGACUCCAGCGAACAAAGACCCGAGUGACAGCCCGGCCCUUCUCGGAGCAGCUGCACCGGGGCCGGCCAUGGAUAAAAGCCCAGGGCUGAGCCCAGCCGGGGACCAGGGCCUGCCGGCCACCGGGACACAGGCUCCUCUCCCACCUGAGUUAGUGAGCGAGGCCCCCUCCAAGCGCAAGGACUCCAGCUUUUUCGACAAAUUUUUCAAGCUGGACAAGGGAUGGGAAAAGGCAGCAGCUGAAGACCAGCAGGAAGCCAAGAAGGCGGAGCAUCCAGCCGCGGUGGAGGCCAAGGAGGUCCCGGGGUUGUCCCGGCAGUCCCGCGGUGUGCAGACAGGGGAGGAUAUAGUUGACAGCAAGGAAACAGAAGGACAAGAAAUUGAAACUUCAAACUGCUCUGUCCCUGGGGACCCAGAAGGGCUGGAGGUAGCAAGGGAGGACUCCCCAACAACAGAUACCACGGAGAACAAUACUGCCAUCAUGAGUUUCUUCAGAACUCUGGUGUCACCCAACAAAGCCAAAACAAAAAGAGAGCCAGAAGACACGGCAUCCAAAGCAGAAAGUGUCUGUGAUGGACAAGCUGGUCAGAACACGUCAGAGACCCGGGGAAAAGGCGGCAAGAAAAAGCACCUGGAGAGCCCCAGGCUAGGACUCGCCUUUAGAAAAUUCUUUAGACAUCAGGGUGCUGAGAAGUCACCCAGCCCUGUGGCCAACCUCAAGUCAGACAAAGCCAACUUUACCCCCCAGGAGACCCCGGGGGGACCCCAGAGCCCCAAAGGCAGCCCACCAGGCCAGGCAACGUCUCCAACAGCCGCUGGGGCAGCAAAGGACAGUAGCAAGGAGAAGGCGGGACCCACCUCUCUGCCCCUGGGCAAACUGUUUUGGAAAAAGUCAGUUAAAGAGGAGUCAGUCCCCACAGGUGCAGAGGAGAAUUCAGUGAAAGGGGAUGGAGGGAUCACGCACUCGGAAGAAAUAAAUGGGAAAGACUCCAACAACCAAACAUCAAACUCCACGGAGAAGGCCCUCACAGCGAAGGCCACUACACCGCCGGAGCCGGAGCCCCUGGGAGCAGCUCAGAAGGGGAAAGAAGGCUCCGCCAAGGACAAGAAGUCAGCAGAGGUGAACAAGCAGAAGGACAACAAGCAGGAAGCCAGAGAGCCUGCCCAGUGUGCAGAGCAGGCCGUGGGCGAGAUCAGCGCCCUGCAGAAUGGGGACAAGUCGCAGAAGAGACCUGAGAAGCGGCGCCAGUCCCUCGGGGGCUUCCUCAAGGGCCUGGGACCAAAGCGGAUGUCGGAUGCUCAAGUGCAAACAGACCCCGUAUCCAUCGGGCCCCCGGGAAAAUCCAAGUAAACAAAUCACCAGGUUCUACCACCGAGCUGUCUGCCUGCUCCAUCUCCUCCCAAACACACGCUAUGUAUAUAUUUUUACUUCUCAUUCCCGUCCAAUGAAAUUCUGCCUACAAAUUCAGCCUGAGCUGUUGUAUUUUGAGGUGUAUUAUUUAUGUCUCUGGUCCAGUCUUCUGGCAAAUCACUGUAAAGAUGGGUCAGCAGGUUAACUAGAGAGGCUGGAGGAGCUGACCAGUGCCCAGCAGGGCAGGGCGGAGGCAGAGGGACACGUUUGUGUUAAGUUGUAAAACACGGCAGAGACAAGUAAGUUGCAGAAGAACAGUAUCUGCGGGAAAAAAUUAAGUUUUGCAGCAGAUACACGCUCGGCCUCUCAAUCCGAAGAGAGGAGAGGACGCUGUUUAAGUUUACACUUCAAGGCCGGAGCGCCCAGGCUCUGCGUUGGGCGGUUGCCACUUUCCUGGAAUGGAAUGUGUGAGGCAGGAAAAGGAAUGAAUAAGCGUUGGUUUUCUAAUAGACCCCAUAAAGUCAUUGAUGAGAGAGAAACGAUCGACUGCAGAGGGCUUGAAAUGAUUUGGGAAAGCAAUUGCUUUUAAGGCACAGGGACAAGGGCGAGGAUUGAUUACAAUUAAAUAAAAUAAAUUAAAUGAAGUUGCAAGUUUAUUUUGCAACACAAGGGGGCGCCAAGAUCUCCGUUUUUAUCCCCUAUUCUGCAACCCUAACAAAGAUUUGGUCUCCGCGAUCUUACAUUAUUAAUGUUUCUCAGAUGGCUGAGGGGCUGGCUUCAUCUGUUCCGUCUGACACUUACCUCAAGUCUGUCUGUAAUUUCUUAAUGCUCUCAGGAUGUGCUCUGAUAAAACCCUCCCCAUAACCCCAGUUAAUAAAAAUUUACAGAAUAUUA